UUUGGUUCACAACAAGCCUGGUAAGGGUGGAUUUGGGCAACUUGCUAGACGUAGUCGAAUUCGAGACACGUUCUGUGUAUAUUAGACACUGUUUGUUUUUUAAACACACGCACAUGUCUACGUGUUAACCUGUUUUAUUUCACAUAGUUAGCUAGCUAUUUUAGCUAAUGCUAAACAGCCAAUGCUAUCGAGCGAGCUAACAUCGCCGACCAUGAGCUCAGUAAUUUACUCCCCACCUUCUAAAGAGGAGGUCUGCUGGACGGAGAAAGAAGCUCCCGUGAAAGAGGAGAAGGAAGAGGAAGCUGUUACGUUGUUUUGUCGGGUAGGUGGCUUGCUAAGUUAGCAUUAGCAACUAACCUAAGGUUAAUUCUAUCUACCUAGUUAACGUCCCCGACCAUGAGCUCACUAAACUACUCCCCCACUUCUAAAGAAGAGGAUGUCUGCUGGACGGAGAAAGAAGCUCUGGGGCUGAACAUUAUCGUAAAAGAAGAAGAAGAGGAGGAUAUUAGAGUGAAAGAAGAGGAAGGUGAAGAAGAGGAGGAUAUUAGAGUGAAAGGAGAGGAAAGUGAAGAAGAGGAGGAUAUUAGAGUGAAAGGAGAGGAAGAAGAGGAUGCAGUGUUCAGGGAGGAGGAGGAAGUCACAUUGAAAGAAGAAGAGGAGGAAGAAGAUUUCAAAAUAAUAAAGGAGGAAGAGGAGGAGGCUAUUACAUUGAAAGAAGAGGAUGUUCUAGUGAAAGGAGAGGAAGAACCUUUUAGAGUGGAAGAGGAGACUGAAGAUCUGAUUGACACCAGAGAGAGACCAGAUUCUCAUUCUGACAGCGGGAAGAGUUCUUCAGUGGCACCAGACUCAGAGACGCCCAAACCAGCAAGAAAACAUCACUGCUCCCACUGUGGAAAGAGUUUUUGGUGGUUAGGGCACCUUAGACACCAUAAGAGAACGCACACAGGGGAGAAGCCCUACCCAUGCUCCCAGUGUGGAAAGAGAUUUACCAUGUUAGGGAACCUGAAACAGCAUGAGAGGACACACACUGCAGAAAGGCCUUUUAAAUGUUCCAAGUGUGGAAAGAGUUUUACCUGGUUACGGUACCUCAAUAAGCAUGAAGAAAUACAUACAGCAGUGAGGAAGACCUGCCAAUGCUCUCAGUGUGGAAAGAGAUUUACUACGUUAGGGUACCUGAAAACACACAAGAGAAUACACUCCGGAGAGAAGCCGUACCAAUGCUCCCAAUGUGGAAUGACUUAUAACCAGUUAGGGAACCUGAAAUCACAUGAGAGAAUACACACUGGAGAAAAGCCCUUCCAGUGCUCCCAGUGUGGAAAGAGAUUUACUGGUUCAAAGAACCUGAAAUGGCAUGUGAGAAUACAUCGAGAUAAACAUGCAAAUACACAGGAGGGGAAGGAGGAGGAGGAGAAGACAUACCACUGCUCUCAUUGCGGAAAGACAUUUUCCCGGGCAGAGGACCUGAAAUCACAUGAGAGAAUAGAGAGGCUGUGUUCCGACUUGUGUUUUUGACUUAGAAUGUGUUUCUUCUUCAAGCCACAUGAAAUCAUAUUGUACACUGAGUACACCAAACAUUAGUAUCACCUUCCCAAUAGAGAGUUCCACCCUCCCCCCAUUUAGCCCUCAGAACAGCCUCCGUUCAUCGGGGCAUGGACUACACGAUGUUGAAAGCCUUCUAUGAUGCUGGCCUAUGUUGACUCCAAUGCUUCCCAUAGUUGUGUGAAGUUGGCUGGAUGUCCGUUGGGUUGUGAACCAUUCUUGAUACACAUGGGAUACUGUUGAGCUUGAAAAACCCAGCCUGGCACCUACGACUAUAGGCAAUUACAUCUUUUGUCUUGCCCAUUCACCCUCUGAAUGGAGCGUACACACAAUCCAGGUUUAAAAUGUUGUCGUUAACCUGUCUCCUCCAUAUCAUCUCAACUAAUUGAAGUGGAUUUAACACGCUUUUAUUUUUUUAAUUUCACCUUUAUUUAACCAGGUAACAGAACACAUAUAACACACAGAACACAUAGAACACAUUUUUUCCCCCACCUUUAUUUAACCAGGUAACAGAACACAUAGAACACACAACACAUAUAACACACAGAACACACAGAACACAUAUAACACACAGAACACAUAUAACACACAGAACACAUAGAACACACACAACACAUAGAACACAUUGUUUCCCCCACCUUUAUUUAACCAGGUAGGCCAGUUGAGAACAAGUUCUCAUUUACAACUGGGACCUGGCCAAGAUAAAGCACAGCAGUUCGGCACAUACAACAACACAGAGUUACACAUGGAAUAAACAAACAUACAAUCAAUAACACAGUAGACAAAUCUGUAUACAGUGUGUGCAAAUGAGGUAGGAUAAGGGAGGUAAGGCAAUAAAUAGGCCAUGGUGGCAAAGUAAUUACAAUAUAGCAAUUAAACACUGGAAUGGUAGGGUGUGCAGAAGAUGAAUGUGCGAGUAGAGAUACUGGGGUGCAAAGGAGCAAGAUAAAAAAAAAAAAUAAAUACAGUGUGGGGAUGAGGUAGUUGGAUGGGCUAUUUACAUAUGAGCUACCGACAGGUGCAGUGAUCUGUGAGCUUCUCUGACAGCUGGUGCUUAAAGCUAGUGAGGGAGGUAAGAGUCUCCAGCUUCAGAGAUUUUUGCAGUUCGUUCCAGUCACUCGCAGCAGAGAACUGGAAGGAGAGGCGGCCAAAGGAAGAAUUGGCUUUAUCUAGCAGAGACUUGUAGAUGACCUGGAGCCAGUGGGUUUGGCGAUGAGUAUGAAGCGAGGGCUAGCCAACGAGAGCAUACAGGUCGCAGUGGUGGGUAGUAUAUGGGGCUUUGGUGACAAAACGGUUGGCAAUCAUUUGAGAAACCAAGGCUGUUGAGUCUGCCAAUAAGAAUGUUGUGAUUGACAGAGUCGAAGCCUUAGCCAGGUCGAUGAAUAGGGCUGCACAGUAAUGUCUCAUCGAUUGCGGUUAUGAUAUUGUUUAGGACCUUGAGCGUGGCUGAGGUUCACCCAUGACCAGCUCUGAAACCAGAUUGCAUAGCGGAGAAGGUAUGGUGAGAUUCGAAGUGGUCGGUAAUCUAUUUGUUAACUUGGCUUUCGACGUCCUUAGAUAGGCAGGGUAGAAUAGAUAUAGGUCUGUAGCAGUUUGGGUCUAGAGUGUCUCCCCCUUUGAAGUGGGGGAUGACUGCGGCAGCUUUCCAAUCUUUGGGAAUCUCAGACGAUAUGAGAGGUUGAAUAGGCUAGUAAUAGCGGUUGCAACAAUUUCGGCAGAUCAUUUUAGAAAUUAGAGGAUCCAGAUUGUCUAGCCCAGCUGAUUCGUAGGUUUUCCAGAUUUUGCAGCUCUUUCAGAACAUCAGCUGAACGGAUUUGGGAGAAGGAGGAAAUGGGGAAGGCUUGGGCGAGUUGCUGUGGGGAGUGCAGGGCUGACCAGGGUAGGGGUAGCCAGGUGGAAUGCAGGCCAUCCGUAGAAAAAUGCUUCUUGAAAUUCCUGAUUAUUGUGGAUUUUAUCGGUAGUGACAGUGUUUCCUAGCCUCAGAGCAGUGGGCAGCUGGGAGAAGGUGCUCUUAUUCUCCAUGGACUUUACAGUGUCCCAGAACUUUUUGAGUUUGUACUACAGGAUGCACAUUUCUGUUUGAAAAAGCUAGCCUUAGCUUUCCUAACUGCCUGUGUAUAUUGGUGAGCUCAAUACGGGAUCAAAGCUUUCACCUGGACUCACCUGGAAAGCAGGUGAACGCCUAAGAGCAGGUGUUCUUAAUGUUUUGUAUACUCAGUGUAUAUUAGCUUGUCACAAAAAAAAUUGCCUAUUUUUUUUAUUUUUUUUUAGCUCAAUUCAGAAUGUAUUUAAUUAUUACCUUUGAUCUGAUACAUGUACAAACCCUCAUAUUGCUUGUUAU